AUGGCGUCUCCGCAACAGUCCAGGAUUCAGUCUUAUCUGGAGACGAACAAAAUUGGACCGCUGUUUGAGGAGUUGAUGACUAAACUAAUAAGCGAGACCCCCGACCGUCCCAUCCCUUUCCUCAUCGACCACCUCCAGAGCAAGCAGGAUAGCCCGGGAAAGAUGCCCCGAGUGCUCUCCGGGUCGGCGGCGUUGUGGGCUCAGACCUCACCGGAAAGCAAAAACACUCGCCGGGAGCUACGGCAGCACGACAAAUCGUGGCAAUUUCACCCCAGGAAACCCAAGAAGUCCAAAAGCGACCUGGCAGUGUCCAGUUUGUCGCCGCCGUCGCCGGAACACAAGUCGCUGCCUCAGUGUCCGUCGUGGGAUUGGCGGGACAGCCGCGAUUUGGACGAGCUGAACCACAUCCUGCUGGAAAGCAAGAAGCUGGGCCGGGCCCUGGAGAGCCUUUCACGCAGUAUCGCCAACUCUGACGACGUCGAUCAGAACUUGGGCGGCUUCAAUCCGGUGUUGCGCCCCCGCGUGGUGGGCGAGUGGACCGGGCGGGCCGAAGAGGACGCCGACCCGCUGGCAGCCGAGAUGCUGCGGCCUCCCGUGCCGCGAGGGAAAAACAACGUUUGCUGGAGUGGUGAUGGCCUACCUCUUGCCAGUUUCAAGAUGGAGCCCAAAGGCCUCAAAGGGCUGAAGGAGCAGCAACAGCAUCACCGCAAACUGCUCGCCGCCAUGUUGGCGCAGGACUCCGUCGGGCCUCUUCGCAGUCCCCCGCCGUCCGUCACCGAAGAUGAGAUGGACGACGACGACGAUGCCAUGGAGCUUCUAGAGGAUCUGGAUGACCUACGAAUGGAAGGCGUGAGCGGUUUGGCCCCGUCCGGCUGCAAGUUCAGUCAGGGCCGCAGCUCCUACCACCCGGAACCUCAGGCCAAAGUCACGCUCAACAUCUGCUCGCGAUGUGCCAGAUUGCAGGGCGACAGCCUCUCCACCAGCAGAUCCCAGGAAACUCCGCGACCUCCUGUAUCCGAACAAGCCGUUCCCGACAUCUCAUCCACGUCGCCCGGGGUGGACACUUUGACGGCGGCGGCGAGACGCUUGCAGGAAUGCGAGGCGGCGUCUCGCGUGUCCACUAGCCGUCAGUCUGUCUGGGACACUGAUGUCAAAGCGAGGAGGACUGGAGGUCUGCUGCUGGGAGACCCCCUCUUCUCCAAGGAGUUGGAGAGCAUGGGCAAGCAGCUAGCUGAGGUGGAGAAGGACUUAGCCAAGCUGGCGGAAGCGGGAAAGUCAUGCAGUCGGAACAACCCGGUCCGGGGCAGUCUCCUUCGGAGCCUCCCUGACACGCUGCCCCUCGCCAGCUUCCUAUGCGGGUCGCGCUCGCCAAGCGGCGGCCUCUCGGGCAAGGCGUGCGGCGCCGGUCUCCCCCCGAUCAGUCCCAGCUCGGCGUCCCCGCGCCCGACCAGGGCUCGCGCCUUCAGCAACCCUGGCAGCAGGACGCACACGCCCGGGACGCCUAACAGCCUGCGCUCGGGCUUCUACGCUCACAAGGAGGCCGGCGGGUUCAGGAGGUCGCGGAGUCGGCCGGUCACGCCCACCGGGCAGCCCGUGUACACCCGGCGCUUGCUAACGCCGCCCGGGCUAAGCACCACCGACAGCCUGGGGGCCAGCCUGAGGGCUUAUUUGUCCGAGGAUGAGUUUUACCAGCAGUUGCAGGCCAUCCGGCAGCCUUGGCACAUCCCCAGCGACACGGAGAGCGACAUCAUGGAGCCUCCCGAGCAGGACAAAAGCGCCAGCAAGAGAUUCCUCUUUUCAGGUAAGAAUUUUUUCUUCGCCAUGUCGAAAUAUUGGCCGCCGGUCGUCACAGGAGCCCGACUGUCUGCGCGUGACCUCACUCCUUGA